AUGGCGCAAUCUCCGCCCUACCAGCUCUACUACAACCCCUUCUCCAUCUGUUCACUGAUGGUGCUCUACACCUUGCGCGUCAAGGGCAAGCCAAAAUCGCCCGCGGACGCCGUCGACCCGGAAGAACGCUUCAUUGACAUCUACACGGGCGAACAAAUGACCGAGGAGUAUUUGGAGAAACACCCAAAGGGCACGGUCCCUGCCCUGCUAGCCCCAUCGCUCGGCGUCAAAUUGACCGACAGCACGGACAUCACCCAGUAUCUGUGCGACCGGUACCCGAGCCUUGUGCCCCCGGCGCACAAGCAAACGAUCGAAUCCCUGCUCGAGGAGCUCCACGAGAUCUCCUACGUGACCAUCUCGUUCAAACCCGAGGACCGCCGCGUCGAGGGUGUCAUGGAGGCUGUGCAGGAGAUCAUGGCGCGGCCCGACACUUCUCCGAGGUAUCGUGAGAUGCUGCAGCGCAAGUUCGACAACCACAAAAACAACCUCCAAAAGUUCCAGGACAACAACCAAUCCAUCGCCAGCGUGGAAGCAGACUCGCGCGCCUACCUGGAGAAAAUCAGUCAGCUGCUGUCCAAGCACGGACAACAAACAUGGAUCUUUGGCGCCGAGGUCGGUCCGACGGCUCUGGACGCGCACACGGUCGUCUUCAUCGCCAGACUGUUAGACGCCGAACGCGCGCAUUUGAUACCCGAGGACGUGCUCCGGUACGGGAACCCGAAGCUCCAGUCGGCAGAAUGGUUGGGGAUCACAAAGGGGAAUCCGACGCUGCAUACGCUUUGGGAGAAACAGCAGCAGCAGCAGAAUGGCGAUCAUUGA